AGACUAUUUCACCGGUUGAUAUAAAACGACUUAUCCAUUUCAGAUUGAUAGCAUUUUUCUCUUUUUUUUUUUUUAAUGGAUAAAUAUUAUUUAUUAGAAAAUAAGAAAUAUGGGAACAUGGGUUGGUCUCUGCGAAGUUGGUAAAUUUUUUUAUUAUAUUCACCCACCAAAAGUAACUCAAAAAACCGGAUCAUCAGAGUCCAACAACCUCUCUUCCAAAAGGUACCAAAAGAAAGAACUCCCUUCCCAAAUGUAAAUAUAAAUUUAUUUUCGCUUUUAUACUCGUGGGCCGCAUGAGUCUCCCACCGAUACGUUCGAUGGUGCCACCGUCUCCGCGUUCCCUCUCCUUACCGCUCCUUCUCCCAUCGCAAUAUUUCCAAGUCAACAAUCGCUUCCAGGGUCCUCAGUCUAUAUCCAUCUCUAUCUAUCCCUGCCUCCCUCUCUCUCCUGUUUUGCCAUGUAAUUUCCUUCCCCAUUCCGCUUCACAUCGGUCUCGGCACAUUUCUUCGGGUGUGUGCCGAGUGGAAGUCUCAGGACAGGUGAAAAACCGGGGAAGAGGAGGGGAGAAGAAGCGGAGCGACAGGAGGGAUGGGGUGGCGGAGGGCUUCUUGCCGGCUUGGUGUCGCUCUGGUUCUGGCUCUGGUGGUGGAGCUCGCAGGGCGGUGCCAUGGAGGAGUUACCAGCUCCUUUGUGAGGAAGAAGGAGAAGACUGUUGAUAUGCCACUCGAUAGUGUGAUGUCUUCCGUGUCCCCUCUGGCUACAAUGCCCCCCCAGCAGGUUCAUAUAACUCAGGGAGACCAUGAUGGUGAGUCGAUCAUUGCAUCAUGGGUGACUCAGGAUGCUCCAGCAGAGUGCUUUAUGGGACUGAUAAGGACAAGCUCGAAUUCUAUGCUGAGGGCAAGUAUACACGAUAUAAGUUCUACAACUACACUUCUGGCUACAUCCAUCACUGCACUAUCAGGAAUUUGAA